AUGGCGAAUGCCCCAAACCCACCAAACAAGUGGAAUUGGUUCAAGAGUUUCCAAUACGACGAAGGAAACGAUUCUCCCGGCGAUGCACGCAAUGUUUUGCUAGUAGUUGCAGCACUGAUCACUGCAGUGACCUUCCAAGCCGGUGUCAACCCUCCCGGAGGUGUUUGGCAAGACAGUCAGAAUGGCCACACUGCAGGGAGAGCCAUUUAUGCAACUCACAAAACAGCAUUCUAUGUGUUCUUGAUAUCAAACACCUUAGCUCUUUCCACUGCUAUCUUUAUAAUCAUAUCGCUUACUCACAAGUUCCCUUUCCAUUUGGAGGUCUUGGUUGCCACAGUGUCUAUGAUCGUGACUUAUGGUUCUGCAGUGUUUGCUGUGACCCCAAAUGAGUCUGUCCAGUUUCGUUACAUAUUGACUGCAGCUGCUCUGCCUUUUAUAAUAAGGAUUUUUGUCCAAGUUUUCAAGAUGUAUAAACCGAAAUGUGUGUCGUAUUUUAAGAAUCAUUUUUAG